GACCGCAAUGUAGAGAUAAAUAGCGACCUUAUCUAUUUAUUUCCAAGUAUUCCGGCUCUCAUUCAUUGUUAGCUGAGAGAAAGCGGUUCGCUGAGGAAGCUGCUGCUGCGCUCGUCUGCUUGAAAGGGCUACAUAGAAGAAUAAUGGAUGAGACCUGUCACUAACACUUGAUGAGGAUUUUUUGUGGACUCUUCGGGCUGAAUCAUGGAGGGUAACAAUGAUGUCACCAUGACACAGCCGCAGACUGAUGUGUGCAGCGCUGAGGUGGGAGGAGCAGAAGUCACCAGCAAAGUGGAAGAUGGAGUAAAUCCGCUCACUCCUGCUGACUCCUGUGACGGCAGCAGGACAGCACUGAGCAAAGGAACUAACCUAGCGGAGGCGCCGGCACCGUCAGUGGUGAGUCCCACCCCUGAAACUCCAGGAGGAAUGGCACUCAAAGUAGCUACGACUGUGCUCCACCCGGUGUGUCUGGGGGAGAGUCCGCUGAUGCUGCCCAUCCACCUCCAGAUGGCCGGAGCGGCGGGGCCUCAGCUCAGCCAAAUGGGGGCAGCACCGUACUUGAUAACAAGCCAAAGCCCAGUGUCCCUUCCCCUGGUUUUAGACCAACAGGUCCUCCAGCAUAUGAGCCCCUCUGUUAUUCCUCAGACGCCUAACUGCGGACAGUUGCCGCUCCAAAACAACGUCCUGUGUCAGAACCCUUUGACAUUCGGUUUACCUCCAGCUGCCGACCAGAAGGCGGCAGGACAGACGCAGGAUGCUAACCUGCUCUCUCUCCUGCAGAAUCCAGCUUUUGCAGCCAUCUUGCAGGACCUCUUCCCUUCCCAGGCAGGUUCUUCAACAUGUCAGUCACCAGGUUCUGCCUUCUUCCCCCUUCCUCCCCUCACACCUCCCUACUCCUCCCCUCUGGCCCCUCUGGUUCCCCCUGCCACCCUUCUGGUCCCUUACCCAGUCAUUAUACCCCUGCCAGUGCCUCUGCCGGUUCCUCUCCCCAUCCCCAUCCCUGUCCCUCAGACUGAGGACUCCAAGGGGAACAUGCCAAAACCAGUUUGCACUGUGAGUAAAAGCACUCAGACUUCGCCAAAAGAUACUACCUCUCCCUCGUUGUCUUCAAGGAAAUGCACGCCACCAUUCCAGCCACAAAAUGUGUCCCCAUCCUCGAUUCCUCCAGAGGAAGGACAGGCUCUGGACCUUUCUGUCAGGGCAUGUCCGGUUGAACCAAAACAGGAAUAUCCCAGUCCGCAGCAGGACAGUGUGCUCGACCUAUCAGUGCCUGGUGUGAGGAAAAAGUGCGUUCAGUCUGACAGAGUGGCAGCUUUACAGUCCGGUCAAGAUCCAAGUGGCACUGCUCUGUCUUUGGGGGUUGAGUGCACCCAGAGUGUAGAUUCCAAACUUCUGGGCAGUCUGGCUUCACUGGAGUUCAGCCGGCAGCACAAGUGGCUGGUUGACAGCAGCGCUGCCGGGUCGAGCUCCUUGGGUCAAGAGGCGUCUUUGAGCGGAGCUGGAAACCUGGAGAUAGUCAGCACCCCGCAGACGGCCAAGGUCAUCGUCUCGGUGAAAGAUGCGAUCCCUGCCAUCUUCUGCGGAAAGAUUAAAGGCCUUUCAGGAGUCUCCACCAAGAACUUCUCCAUCAAACGGGACGGCAGCCAGGGGGCGUCUCUGCAGCAGCUCUACGGAGUGCCGUCGUCAUCGCAUGGGGAACAGCACGACCCCAACGACCCGCUGAAAAAGGUCUCUAAAAGCAGAGCAAUCAAACUGAAGAAGGUCAGCUCACAGGAGAUCCACUUCCUUCCCAUUAAGAAGCAGAGACUUGCAGCACUGCUCCCCAGGAAGUGAGAGCGCUGACUGGAGUGGGAUUAAUCGCCAGACCGCUCUCUGCUAAUCCCUCCAGAGCGAAUAACAUAAAACACAUGUGGGGACAUUCUGUAAUCAAAGUCCAGUCGAAGCUCCAGAACUGAGACUCUUGAAUGUGUGACAGUGUGACACAGAAGUUACAGAAAUGCUUUCCAUUAGAUUUUUCUAAAUUGCUGUGUUUUGGUUUUUUUGUUUGUUUGUUUGUUUUUUUCUUUUUUUUUUCAUAAUGCACUAGUCGACAGUGUUAUAGAAAACCAGAAAUGUUUCUGUGUUUGGCAGCUCAAUGGGCUCUCUGAGUGUCUUUGGAGAUAAAUCAGAGAUGCUGAGGAACAUGUUUGACUUGCAAAGACACAUGGGUUCCAUUCUUCCAUUUUGGUUCAUGGUUUGUUUCCACAUGUAAUUUUUAUAUAAGUGCACUGACGAGAAGAAAAAAAAAAAAAAAAAGAGGCAGGACGCGACUGUUAAAACAUGUCCCAUCAUUGGAAACUCACAUAGUCGUCAGUGGCUCACUGGAGCGACUCGUUCUUCUCUGAUUGGUUGGGGUUUAGCACGACAGGCUAAUAAUGACUUGGCAAGGCCGGAGCCACAAUUUCAUUAAAUGAAUGUUGGCAAAAGCCAUCGGUCGCAACAAAAUACAAUCUUAUUUUGUUUAACAGCAGGGAAAAAAAGGGACCUCUUAAUUGUUUUCACAUUUAAACAAAUCUUUCCUAUGGGCCUAUCCAAAUAUAAAGAAAGUCACACUACAAAAG